GAUUUAAGCACCAAUUAACGAGAGAACACAACAUCGACAUCGCCAUCGACAUCAGCGGCUGAUUACAUGGUCAUUCAGUCCUACCGCAACUUAGCCCACUUUCCACUGGGACCCACUGCGGCGUGUAACACAAACAUUCCAUCAGAGAGUCGCAUAUAAUUCAUUCGGCGAGCCCAUCAAAUCGAAUUGCAACUGUGACCCGGCACUGGGCAGCUCUAUAAAAGCGGCAGCCGCGUGGGCCAGGGUCAACAGUCAAGUGUGAAGCCGUCGAGGAUGCAUCUCCAGGAAUUGCUAUUGGUCGCCGUCGCAGUGGUCCUGCCCCAAUGCCCGAGGGCGUUGCGCUACAGCCAGGGCACCGGCGACGAGAACUGCGAGACUCUCAAGUCCGAGAUUCACCUGAUCAAGGAGGAGUUCGACGAGCUGGGCCGCAUGCAGCGCACCUGCAACGCCGACGUCAUAGUCAACAAGUGCGAGGGCCUCUGCAACAGCCAGGUGCAGCCCUCGGUGAUAACUCCGACGGGGUUUCUGAAAGAGUGCUAUUGCUGCCGCGAAAGCUUCCUCAAGGAGAAGGUCAUCACGCUGACCCACUGCUACGAUCCGGACGGCACUCGCCUCUCAUCCCCCGAGAUGGCCACCAUGGACAUUCGCCUGCGGGAGCCCACUGAAUGCAAAUGCUUCAAGUGCGGCGACUUUACACGCUAAUCCAAUCCCCAUUCCAGUCCACAGCUUAAACCAAAUAAAGUUUCCCCAUCGCACGGGCUUUUGCCUCCCACAAAUAUUC